CGUGAUGGGAAGAUUCCUUUUCUAGCCCAGUUACUGACCAAAAAGCACCGGCAAAAAUUUCAUGACAAAAGUUACCACAUUGAGACACUCCAGGACUCCUCGUCGUCUCCGUCAUUUGUCACUGUGUCAGACCUUACAUCGCCCUGCUGUGGCUCACUCUCUUAACGCACCCCGUUCAUUGUCUUACACAGCCUGCUCGAGGCUGGAAUUAACCCUCGAGCAUGGAAUUCCCUACCCAGCGACGACCGCCACGUUCAGCUCGUCCUGGCCAACACAACUCCCAGGACCAACCCCAACGACCACAAUUCUUGCCCUCAGAAGGCUCUAGAGGCAACGUAUCCUUUCAAAAUGUCGAGCAGGGCGACCGCAAUAGCCCACUGGACCAACAUCGCCAGCGUACGAUCCCAUCGGCAUACCAGAACAACCAGCUUUCGCCGGACGUAGAGUCAUUGGACUACGGUGCGGACGCCGCGAGGGUGGGAAGGAAAAAGAGCCUUGUGAGGCCUGACCGUGAAAAGAUAGAACCUGGACAUAGGCAGUGGCAUUACCGGAGCCAUGUCGCCCAGCUAGAAGAAGAGGGGACCGGUAGGAUGGGCGUUAUACCCUCAACAACGGGGAAUUACCCUCAGACGAAUUUACGGAGAGGAAAAUCGAUUCUUGGUCGCGACGAGGAUGUGCACGAGUCUGGACUUUCGCUGUUCAAGCGCGGCACGACGCUGCGUCGUAAACGACAGGUUACUUCACCUUCACAGUCGCCGAUGCUUCCGCAAGAAAAGAAAAAGUCGGGGUGCCUAGGCGACUUUGCGCCUGGUCCCAAGGGACCAUGGAUGGUUUACUGCUACUUGUUGAACGUGCUGGAUCCCUACUCCUCUAAUGCGAGCCUGCGGUGUCUGCGGAGUCCCGAACAGCAACGUGCAUGGAGGGAGAAGAUGGGAUUGAUUGGCAUUAUCAUGAUCCUCAUGGCAGGUGUUGGUUACCUGACUUUCGGAUUCACCGAGUCUGUCUGCGGUACACCGGCAAAUCGAUACCACGGCGGUGCCAUCGGAGACUCGUUCAUCGGCAAGGGCUCCAUCACCAUUCACGGCUACGAUUACGACGUUUCCAAGUUCAAGCAUCCCGCAGUGGGCACCUUCAACGGCCAGACGAACAUCCUUGAUGAUUGGCAGGGCCUGGCGGGUAACGAUGCGUCGUUCUUGUUCCAAACCGUGAACGAGAAGUGUCUUAACAUCAUCACCAAGGCAUCAUCAUCCAGCAUCACCGGAAGCGGCAACAAUCUUGACUGGUAUUUCCCUUGCAACGUUUUCAACCAGGACGGCUCGUCGGGUGUCAAUCUCACGGCUUACGAGGAAUCGACAAAUUGUCAUGCGAAUUCGACCGCUCGUUCGGAAUUCAAAUCGAUGACGCCCCAGGGCGAGGUCUAUUUCACAUGGGAUGAUGUUCGCAGUACAAGUCGAAAUCUUGCAAUAUACGAACAGAACGUCCUUGAUCUCAACCUUCUUAACUGGCUCAGCGGGGCGCAAGUACAAUACCCGUCACUCUUCAACGAGAUGAAGACAGCCAACGGUACAUACAACGGCCGGGACCUCACCAUGAUGUUCAUGCGCACGAAGCAAGAAGAUAUUGGUCACUGCUUACAGGAUCUCGUCACCAUUGGCUUUAUCGAUACCAAUAGCAUCGGUUGUGUUGCAUCCGAUGUCGUUCUCUACCUUUCGCUCAUUUUCAUUGUUGGAGUCGUCGCCAUUCGUUUUGGCAUGGCGGUAUUGUUUCAGUGGUUCUUCUCGUGGAGAUUGGGUAACUUCCCGCGGGAAACGUAUGAGCAGCGCAUGCAGCGAUCGCAGGAAAUUGAAAAUUGGAGUAAUGACAUCUAUCGGGCCGCUCCCAGUGAGUAUCGACCCAACGUCAGCAAGCAUGGUCUCCGGGGCAACAAGAAGGGCUUCCUGCCCAGUACUUCGCGCUUCACACCUGCUGAGAAUACGCUCAAAGGUGGUGGUCGCCCUACGACAGCGUAUGGCAUGCUGGACUCCUCGUCGGCUUCGAAUUACAAGAGGUCGGUGUAUGCGCCGUCUGUGAAGGGCUUCGGCAAGUCUCCGCCGGAUUCGCCGAGUUACCGUCAAUCGAAAAGCGUGGUCUCAUUGGGCGACCGUGGCACGUUCGUUGAAAGUCCGUGUCCGUUCCCUCUCCAUAACGUCGUUCCUCAGCCCCCUCAUGACUAUGAACCGUUCAAUUUCCCUCUGGCGCAUACCAUAUGUCUGGUCACGGCUUACUCGGAGUCCGUAGAGGGUCUCCGCACGACCUUGGAUUCUUUGGCCACGACGGAUUAUCCGAACAGUCAUAAGCUAAUUUUGGUCAUCGCUGAUGGGAUGGUCAAGGGUGAUGGGAAUGAUAAGACGACUCCGGAAAUUUGUUUGUCCAUGAUGAAGGAACUUGUCAUCGCCGCGGACGAUGUCGAGCCACAUUCCUAUGUCGCUAUCGCUGACGGACACAAGAAGCAUAACAUGGCCAAGGUGUAUGCUGGGUUCUAUGACUACGACGACGCCACUAUCGAGAGGUCGAAGCAGCAGCGAGUCCCUAUGGUCUUAGUCGCCAAGUGCGGUAAUCCUUUGGAGGCCAAUGAGGCUAAACCGGGUAAUCGUGGAAAGCGGGACAGUCAAAUCGUGUUGAUGGCAUUCAUGCAGAAGGUCAUGUUCGACGAACGGAUGACUACCUUUGAGUACGAGUUCUUUAACUCGAUUUGGAGGGUAACGGGUGUCAGUCCGGAUCGAUAUGAGCUUGUGCUUUGUGUCGAUGCCGAUACGAAGGUCUUCCCGGAUUCGUUGACGCGUAUGGUAUCCUGCAUGGUUUGCGAUGAGGAGAUUAUGGGUUUGUGUGGCGAGACCAAGAUCGCGAACAAGGCCGAGACUUUUGUGACCAUGAUGCAAGUGUUCGAGUACUACAUUUCUCAUCAUUUGACCAAGGCUUUCGAGUCGAUGUUUGGCGGUGUCACUUGUCUGCCGGGUUGUUUCAGUAUGUACAGGAUCAAGGCACCCAAAGGCGAUUCAGGCUAUUGGGUACCGAUCUUGGCUAAUCCGGAUAUCGUGGAACACUACUCUGAGAACGUCGUCGACACGCUGCACAAGAAGAAUCUUCUGCUUUUGGGAGAGGAUCGGUAUCUUACUACGCUCAUGCUCAAGACUUUCCCCAAACGUAAAAACAUGUUCUGUCCUCAGGCGGUCUGCAAGACCGUGGUCCCCGAUACUUUCCGUAUCCUGCUCUCACAGCGUCGUCGAUGGAUCAAUUCGACGAUUCAUAACCUGGCCGAGUUGGUUUUGGUCCGGGAUUUGUGCGGUACAUUCUGUUUCUCGAUGCAGUUUGUCGUUGGUAUGGAAUUGGCCGGUACGCUUGUGCUCCCCGCUGCCAUCGCAUUCACGCUCUAUCUCAUUAUCGUGUCCAUCAUCCCGGGAGGCACGAAUACGACCAUUCCGCUUAUUCUACUCGCCAUCGUGCUCGGUAUUCCUGGUCUUCUGAUCGUCAUCACGUCUCGCAAGAUUGCGUACCUCGGUUGGAUGUUGGUAUACCUGCUAUCCUUACCCGUCUGGAACGGUAUUCUCCCCGCGUAUGCGUUUUGGCAUUUCGAUGACUUCUCUUGGGGUCAGACCCGGAAAGUCGCCGGUGAUAAAUCGGGGGCUCAUGGAGAUAAAGAGGGAGAGUUCGAUUCGACGCAUAUUGUGAUGAAGAGAUGGGCCGAGUUUGAGCGGGAACGUCGAUGGAAGAGUGGGACGCAGUCGAGGGAUUCUACGUAUGAGAAGAGAACGGACAGCAAUCGAUACUCUCUUGCUUCGAAUUCGGACACCUUCCAUCCUCCCUCUGCGACAUAUGAUACGAGCACGAUGGAGUCUGCCGCUUUUUCACCACGACAGCGUCAUGACAGCAAUACCCUCCUCAUGCUUCCUGCGCCUCUUGCUGUAAACCGUGCGCCAAUGUCAUCUGCAUCGUCGGUCGGCAUGUCACGUUCUAGUGAAGAUAACCUCUAUUCAGACACAGGAAAUUCUGCUUCCAAUCUUCGGCUUGUUCCCAGUCCACAAUCUGUUGACCAGUACAGUGAUUCGUACGAGUCGAGCAAUACUUCAACAGGAGUCAACCCUAAGCGCUAUUCCACGCCGCCUCCGCCUCCUUCGGCUGAGUCACGAUAUGAAUCUCCUGUUCCUCGUCAAGCCACGCAGAGUAUGAACAUCCGGAGCAAUACCUCUUCAGUAGAAGGGGCAAGCGGGAGCGGAAAUCCAUUCUAUACCCAGACGACGUCUCCCAUAUCCUACGACGAUCACUAUUCAGCAGUGGAUUCUGACGAUAUACCUAGUGGAUACCGGAAUGCUGGUCGGGGCGGAGUACGACUGACUGACAGCGGGCCUGUUCCUGGGCCUGAAGGUGUCCGUCGUGUGUCAAGACCUGUUGGCCGACGACCUUCGUCCCAAGCGCCUCAGAACCGGUAUUCACGAAACUCUACGGUGUUCAGUCUCCCGCCUGGUGCUGCGGCUCCUCAGCACAAUUAUGGGAACAAUUAACGCGCAACGCAUGCAUUGAUAUCCACUUUUUUGUUCUUUAUUUCACGGACACACUUUCUCUCCCUCUCUUUCCCUUUUGUUUGGUCUGUCAUAGGAUGUUUCUUCUCUUGUUUAAGUAACGACUUUGUCUUUUUCUCGUGGACGUGAUCUUGCAUGCUUAUGAUACCUGACGUUUUCCAUCCAUCAUUAUCAUCACCACACCAUCCCCUCCGUUCCAUCAUAGCAUACAUGUAAUAACUGAAUGACUUUCUUUUUAAGAAACGAGACGUUGUAGAUUUUCUGCAAUUUAAUGGCCACGAGAUUAUGGAAUUGUGGUCAGGGUUGGGGUGAUGGCUGAUGAACAGGUCCUUUUUUCGGAAACAAGGCGCGAGUAAGUAUUCAUCAAUUCUGAAAAUGCUCUGACUUUUCUUUCCCUUUGCGUGGUGAAAAAUGGGAUACGAAAAUAGUCAAAAACGUGUUUUAUUUUUUGCUCCUUUUUCGUAUGAAGGAAACGCUGC